GUUCCCAAACCAAUGGGCGAGCGCGUUCCCCGCCGUCCCUCCUUCCAGUGCCGUUGAGUAGCGCCAGCGGAGACCGGGGGAGAGUUUCUGUGUGGAUGUACGAGCCUCGAUUCACUUGAAGCCUGAACUUCUACGACGCGUCUGCCAUACUUUCAACUGCACACUACAAUCUGCAGUAUAGGAUGUAAUCACUUCCACAUGCUGGGUCGAUUUUAACCCGGGUUUUUUUGGCUUGAGAUUUUUUUGCAGAAUUGUUAAAUUAGGGUUAUGUAUGUUAAGCAAGGGGCAAAGCUUUCAAUCAUGACGGGGACUCGCGUUUUAGUCGGCAAGGGGAGAAGAACUGCGCUGAACGCAAGAGGAACCCGAAGUUCAUAAAAAAGGAUUAUUGCAUCUGGAUGCUUAAAACUCCCUGUGCUUCCGGAUUCUGCUUUGGAUUAAGGAUUUAUCGCUUUUUGCCAGAAUGGAAAGCCGGGAUUUCGCCCCACCACACCACCUUUUGACAGAGCGGAGCGCGCUGGUUCACAGCGCCGCUUCCCGGAUCGCUCCGGGCGGCCACGGCUCCGUGCAGCACCCCGCUCACUUCCAGCCAGGGAAGUUCUACUCCUCUCACCUCUCCAUGGGCCCACACUCAGGUGCUUCCUUCAUGGGCUCCUUCCUGACCAGUAGUCUGGGGUCGCCUCCCCCGCACCAGCCUCACCCCUCGGGGCCCAGCGCCUCCCCGGCCUCCCCCUCCUACAGGGGCGGCCCCCACUCCAGUGCCUCGCCCAUCUGGUUCCCCCACACACACGAAGGGUACCCUCGAUACCCAGGAAGCCUUGCCUCGCCGUUCCUCCCGAUGAGUCCCCUGGAUCACCAUAGCAACGGCAAUGUUCUGUAUGGACAACACCGCUUCUAUGACACACAGAAAGAUCAUUUCUACCUGCGGGGUCUCCCUCCGCAGCCGCCCCUACUCUCCACCAAUCACGGCCUCCCAUCGCUGACUAGGACCGCCCCUGGGCACCACCUGGGCUCCUGCGGCCGGGAGAAGGAGCUGGGCGGGGGAGGAGGUGGAGGAGGUGGAGGAGGUGGGAAGAACACUAAGGAGAGCGGGGAGAAGGUCACGCUGAAAGAGAACAAGGAGCGACCCAGCAAAGAGCGGCACUUGGACGGUGGCAAAGAGCGGCACCGCGACCACCUCCCCCACCACCACCACCCCACCACCACCACCACCACCCCGACCCCCACCCCCAGCAGCACGCCCCCCGCGCACCACCCCCUCACACACCACCACCACCACAUGGCGCACCACCCGCUGGCGCCGCCCCACCUCCUCAGCCCCCUGGGGAGAGAGGAGGAGCACAGACACAAAGAGCACCGGGACUCAGACUCCUCUUCUGCCACGAGCAAACUCACGAGCACCUGUAAGCUCUCCGGGGUCCCCCCCCAGGAGUCGGCCGCGCCCAGGGCCGGGGCGCUGAGCAGCUGCAGCGGCAGCGCGGCGGCAGCGGUGGGCGCGGCGGGGGGGAGGGCGACGUCUGGCGGGGCCCGCCGCUGCUCCAAGGAGGGGCCGGUCAGCGGCGAGAUGAGGAUCAGCGAGUCGCCCACUCUGUCUUCCUCCUCGUCCUCGUCGUCCUCCUCCUCUUCCUCCGAGUGCAUGAUGAGGGGGGCGGCGGCGUCGGCGGCGGCGGCGACCGCCAUCUUGUCCCCACCCUCGUACUCCAUGGCCCCUCCGCCGCCGCCGCCGCCCCCCCACCCCUUACACAUGGGCUCGGGCGUGGCCGGCGGCUGGCUGCACCACCCGCACCACCCCCACCACCACCCCCACCACCACCACCACCACCACCCCCACCCAGAGUUCUACUGCAACCCGGUGCAGCUGACCCUGGCCCCCUCCAAAGACCCCCAGGUCUCCGCCCCCGGGGGGAUCGGCAGGGAGGGGAAGUUCGCCGGCCCCACUUAUCUCCCCUCCGUGGGGCCCCUGGGCGACCUGCCGGCCCCCGAGUGCCGCGGGGCGGGCGGGGGCGCCAGGAGGGGGGAGGACAGGGGGGCUGAGAAGAGUGUAGGAGGCGGGGCUUAUGAAGGCCCCUCCCUGCACAACGGCCCGCCCGGCGGCGGCGGCGGCGGCGGCGGCGGCGGCGGCGGCAGCUGCCAGGGGGCAGAGCAGCCGCCCCAAGGCCAGACCCAGGCGCACCAGUUGGGCUACGGGACGGCGGACAAGCCCCCCGACUGGAGCCAGGUCAACCAGCCCCAGCACAAAACCAACCCCGCCCCGGGCCCUCAGACGGGGCUGGGGUCCUGCAGGCUGGAGGCCCCUUCGUCCUCCAGGGACGCGGAGGCCCGGGACGCCCACCGCCCCUCCCUGCCCCUCGAGGGCCAGGGGGGCCCCCAGCGGAGCACGGGCCACGGCGUGUCCAAGAGCGGCCCCUACGCCCGCACGCCUCCGUUCAGGGACUGCUCCCACCCCGGCCCCCCUCCUGAGAGGAAGGUCGGGGCCGGGGCGGGGACCCAGCGGGAGGGCCAGAAGGUGGCCAGGAUACGCCACCAGCAGCACAGCAGCCACGGGGCGGGCCCCCAGGACAAGGUGAGGGACGCGGGUCACACGGGGCCCUGCCAGCAGCCCUGGGGGUCCCGGAGCGACCACCAGGACGACCAGAGGAAGACCUGCCACCACGACGCCCCUGCCGGCCCCCGCGAGGGCAAAGGGGAAACCCAGAAGGGCCAGACCACCCAGCAGCAGCACCACCCCCACCCCCACCCCCACCAGAACCAGUCCUCCCAGCUCCACCCCCCCCCCACCGCCACAGAGGGCGAGGGCAGCGCCAUGAAGAGCCUAAUGAACUACAGCUCCCAGCAGCCCCUGAUGCUGCCCCAGCGGAGCCCCUUCGGGGGGCUGGGCUGCCUGAAGCAGCAGGGGGGCUCGGGGGAGCGGGCGGAGCGGGAGAGGGAGAGGGGGGCCGGGAGGAGCCACGGCGCCCUGCAGGACCUGCCCCCCAAGCAGACGCUGCCCCCGCGGCGAGGCUCCGCCUCCUCGGGGGAGGGGGAGCGGCCGGAGAGCGGCGGGAAGGAGGCGGGCGAGGGUCCGGAGGGGGAGGUGAGGCAGCCCCCCGUGGGCAUCGCCGUGGCCGUGGCCCGGCCCCCGCACCGGCUACAGGACGCCCCCGCCGGGCACGGGCGCCAGGGCAGGGUGCUGCCCAGCAUGAAAGGUGUGUCCCGGCCAGUCUACCCCCUUGGCCGCGAGGCGGAGGAGAGGAAGAGGAUGACAGAAGAGCAGAUUAACCUUCACCACCUGGACCGAGAUAGGGAGAUGCUCAUGAGGGAAAACAAAGAACGGGUGGAGUUUGCCAGGAUACACCCUUCGAGCAGUUGCCAUGGUGAUCUGACCUCUCACCUCUUGGUGCCUAGCGGAGCGAGCCAAUUAGGGGCCGACCCGUCGGUGCACGCGCACACGGCCCACCACCAUUGGAUGCAGAGGACAGGAAGUCCGUCGCUCUGGAUGGGUCAUACCUACGACCGUCUGAAUCAAGCCCCUUCGUUGUUUGACUGCUCAGGGCUGGGCCACGUGGGGAUGGGCCCAGGCUACCCUCCAGGUCUGCCCAGCUCCCUGCAGCCGGUGCUGGGCUCACUCAGCCAGGACCCCAGCAACCCCCUGGUGGUCCUGCCCACAGAACCCGGAGCCCACCACCACCUCGAUGUGAUGGAGCAGUCUAGUCUGUGGUCGUCUGUGUACGGCGGCCGGGGGCCGUCUCCUCACCUGCAGCAUCACCCCGUCUACUCCCGCUCCUCGUUCCUACGGCAACAGGAGAUGCAGUACGCGCUGCAGCAUCAGCAGCAACAGCAGCAGCGGGCCAUGGACCACAUCCACCGGCACACCCUGGCCCAGAGGAAACCAGAGGAACACGCAAUCACAAUUGAAGACUCCUUAGCUUCCAGAACGCCAUCGUCCUACUCCUCCUCCUCCUCCUCCUCCACUUCUUCCUCCUCGUCACGCAUGGCCAAACACUUCUCCCACACGCCUCCUCCUCCUCUUCCUCCUCCUCCCAAGGCUUCCACUCCAUCCCAGGGGGUGUGUCCCAGCAGUCGCCAGUCACCGUGUUACCACUCCCCUUCCAGGAGGCCACACCCACUCAACCCUCUAAACCCCGCCCCCAGUCCAGCGGCGACGGCGCCUAGGUCUCCGGCGCUAAGCCCCGCCCCCUCGCACCACGGAAAGGGGGUGGAGAGAGGGAGCGAGAGGGGCGAGGGACAGCCACCGCAGGAUUACCCACAAUCCUUAGAGCCAGAUCUCCCUCCUGUUUAUAGCUACCCCUCCAUUCCUAUCGGAUACAAGGCUGGCCCCUCCCCUCCUGCAGCCCGAUUGGCCGAACACACCACCAUGGAGGCGGAGCCGGCUGAACCCACGUCCAAGUCCCUCCCCAUGUCCCGCCCCUUCCCGGCCCUCUCCAGACACGAAGACGAAGUAGGGGACGAGAGCGAAGAGGAAGACGACAACGACUGCAGAAUAGUGGAGCCGCUCUGCGCAGGAGCAGAGAAAGGGCGGGAAGGCCGACGGAGGGCCGACCUCAGGGAAUGUUCCGUGUCCAUUGGCAGCACCCCUCUGAGGGAGCCUUUCCCCCUCUCGGCCUCCUCUCCCGGUCCAGUGCCGGGCCCCGCUUCUCCGGCCUCGGCCCCGGGGGCGGCGUCCCAGAGAGGGGAGCUCGCCGUGGGCCGCCCGCCCCAGGGGGCCGGCCCGGAGGAGGACCAGAGGAGCCACUGGGCGAGGGACCAGGGAGGAGACAGGGAGGCUGACCGCUGGGAGCCCACCACCCUGUGUGGGCAGAGGACCGACCCCGGCCCUGCCGCCGCCGCCACCGCCGCCGCCGCCGCCGCCGCCCCACCCACCGCCCUCUACCUGGGGGAGGGGGAGGGGGAGGGGGGGAAGGAGGCGGAGGAAGAGGAGGAGGAGGGGGAGAUGGUAGAGGUCGUGGAGGACGAUAAGGAGGAGGAAGCGGAGGCAAAGGAAGACGAGGAGACGGAUGUGGCGAUCGGCGAGCCGGACGUGUGCGGCGCCCCUUCGUGUCCCGCCUCCUCCCCCCCCUCUUCCUCCUGCUCCUCCUCCUCCGCCCCGCCGGAGGGGGCGUGCUCCUCCUCCUCCUCCUCCACCAGCGCUUACAUGUGGAGCCUGGAGCUCCUCAUCGCCGCCGCGCUCUGCGCCACGCGGGACGCCGUCCAGGGGCCGCCACGCGUCGCCAAGGCGACCGUGGCGCCGGCCCGGGGGCCGCACUGGUCCGCCCACCCGGGCAUGGAGAUACUGGGAGAGCUGGCAGACCUGGAGAUCCAGCAGAGGAGGAGGCAGACGGAGGGGAAGGAGACAGGAGGUGGAGACAAGCUGACCUUCGACCUCCACAGCCUUGCUACCCUGGCUGCCGCCCGUGCCCUGGAGAUGAGGGCGGGGCCUGUGCAUAUGGAGGCGGAGCAGCAGUGUCCAAUCAGGGAGAGGCUCAACCUGCGCAGGAAGUUCAACUGGACUCCACGGCAUGGGCCGGUGUGUCCGGUGAAGGGCUCCAUGGAGACGAUGGGGGGGGAGGAGCUAGCCAUGCGCGUCCAGCUCGCGGAGAUCCAGCGGCGCUACAGAGAGAAGCAGAGGGAGAUGGCCAAGCUGCAGAGGAAGCAUGACCACCAGAAGGAGGACAGAUCCAGAAGUCCAGCGCGGAGGGGCCCAGGGCGGCCCCGCAAACGCAAGUCCCCCCCCGGGGGCCCGGCCAACCCAGACGGCACCAAGAGACUCAGGGCAGGGCUUAACCUCUUAUCCGGGAAGCCGAGGAAGAACAUGAAUCACAGCUUCACCAGUCUCGGCUCAACACAGAUGAAAGUUCACUGCAAGCGGUCGAGAGGUCGUCCUAGCACCCUGAGCUCCAGGCUGGCCAGACGGGUGACCCAGCUGAAGCAGAAGGCCGCUGCCCAGCGGGGUGCCUCGUCAGCAGGCCCGCAUCGCUGCCGAGGGGCCCCAGGCGCUGGAGCCGACUCUGACGGUCACUGCAGACAGGGAGACGCAGGAGAUGCAUCAGGUGUACAGCAGGACUGGGCUCAUCAAACAGAGAGAAAGAGGCGGGGCAGGAAGCCAAAUAUUCUCCUGGGCGUGGCCUGUAAGAAACAGGAAGUGAGGGAGGAGAAGAGUGACAGCUACAGCUCCGAAAACGAGGAGGACGACGAUGGCAGCUACAACAGUGAAGAGGAGACCUCCAACAUCAAGGUGACCUCGUUCUCUAAGGAGGCCCCCAGGAGACCGUUUGCGAUUGGAUCAUCUUCAUCUUCCUCCUCCAGACUUCAAGCCAAUCAGAAAGCCAGGAGAAAGAGAUCUGAACCAGCAGGUGUUGUGAGCCUGCCAAGUACAGUCGCCAGGAGAGCUCCAGGUAGACCAAGCCUUGUGAGCACAGAGAUGGAGCACCCGGAUCACCAGGGCUUCAAGAGGCAGUGUCUCCCCAGCUGGGGGGCUUCGUCCCUGGACAACAGCUUCAGCGAUGGCCGGGGUAACCUGGUCGCUGUGGCUGAUUUGCACAGGUUCAAUAAAGAAGCCAAGAGUUCAGAAGCACACGGCAUUCUGGGAAAGAGGAGAGACCAGUGGAUGAGAAGCCAGAGGGAGGAGAUCUUCCGGGGAUGUCGCAACAGAAGCAAGCAGGCCACGGGGCAUGCGGUGAGCCGCCUCCUUGAGAGCUUCGCCGCGGACGACGGCUUCCACCUCGACGAGGAGAGCAGCUUCUCUGAGGAGGAGGAAGAGGAGGAGGAGGAGGAGGAGGAAGAGGAGGAGGAGGACCAGGACCUCCUUCCUCCCAACAUGCCCUCUAGAAUACCUGCGCUGCCUAACUGCGUGCUGAGUAAAGAGAUGCUGGUGGACGGACUGAAGAUCCUGAUCUCCAAGGAGGACGAGCUUCUGUACGCCGCCUGUGUCCACACGCUGGACCUGCCCGACAUAUUCAGUGUGGUGAUAGAAGGAGAACGCGCCAACAGGCCCAGGAUCUACUCUCUGGAGCAGCUGCUGCAGGAAGCUGUGCUGGACGUGCGGCCUCAGAGCGAGUCCAUCCUGACGGCCGGGACCAGGGUGUGUGCGUACUGGAGCGAGCGCUCCCGCUGCCUGUACCCUGGAUACGUUCAGCGAGGGGGUCCGGGCGAGGAGGAGAAGGGGGGCAGUGUCAUGGUGGAGUUUGACGACGGCGACCGGGGACGGAUCUCUCUCCCCAACGUCAGAGUGCUCCCCCCAGGGUACCAGGUCCACUGUGCGGAGCCAUCGCCGGCUCUUCUCACCUCAUCCGGUCGCCGCGGGAGACGGAGCUCCGCCAAGGACAACAGGGAAACACAGCUGGAAAAAUCAACCAAUGGGGAGGCCGCAGGGAGGCCCCAAGAGAAGAGGCCAGUCGGGAGGCCCAAGAAAAUCCCCAAGAACCCCACCGGCGUGCCGGCGGUGCAGGGGGCCGCGACCAAGACGGCCGCCAGCCCCCUGAGCUGGUCCGCCCCCAGGAAGAGACCCCCGGUGGACUUCUUCCUCUUCAACGGGACGUCCCGGAAGACCCAGCGCAGGAUCCGCGAGCGGGACCUGGGGAUCUUCCAGCGGCCCUCCCCCCACCCUGCGGCCGCCGCCGCCGCCGCCGCCGCCGCUGCCGCCGCGCCCCUCAAAGGCAUCUUCGGAUCCCCGUUCGAGGUGGACUCCUUCAGCAGCAUCGCCAACGGUUACGCAACCUUCGCGGGUGCCGGUGGGAAUUCCGCUGGGACGCGGCCAGUCGGCGCGGCAACCGGGACCUCUCUGGGCGGUCUUCUGGAGUCCGCCCCGUCUGUGUCUUCCUCCUCCUCCUCCUCCGCCGGCGGGGUGGCGACGCCGUCCGCCGUCGCGGUCCGGAAGCCCGCCAACGAGCGCCACAAGAGGCAGUUCCUGGUGAAGCUGGACCACGAGGGGGUGACGUCCCCCAAGACCAAGAACAGCAAGGCCCUGCUCCGGCUGGGCGGGGGCGGAGGGCGGGUCGGGAAGUCCGUGGCCGCCGCGGGAACACCGAUGCGGUACGCCCACCCGACGCCGCCGGCGAAGGACGGGAAGAAAGGGAGAGGGCCGAGGGAGGUGGGCGUGGUCAAGUCGCACCCCCUGCCCAAAAGCGCCCAGCACGUGAGCAAGGGGCUUCUGUCCAGCAGCCACGGAGGGGACUACAGUCUGGACUACGCCAGCGACGGCCCGAGCUCGUACUCAGAGCUGGAUGAAGACGACGACGAAGAGGGUCAAGACCGCGACAGGCGAAGGAGCGCUGAAACCGCAGCCGCCGCCGCCGCCGUCGCCGCCGCCGCCGCAGCCUCGCUGCCCGGCGGCCGCUUCCUCUCCCGCCUCUCCCUGUGCUCCUCCUCCUCCACCUCCUCCUCCUCCUCCUCGGGCUCCCUCUCCUCCUCCUCCUCCGUCUGCUCCUCGGACAACGACUCCUCGUACUCCUCCGACGAGGAGUCCUCCUCGGUGCUGCUGCGCCGCGCGCUCCUCCAACAGGACAAGCACAAGCGCCGGCAGCACCUGACCUCCAGCCCGCUGAGCCCCGACUCCGCCGCCGCCGCCGCCACCUCCGGCCCCCCUCCGUCGGCCCCGCCCCCGCCGCCGCCGCCGUCGUCGCACGCCUACGCGGCCAAGGCCUCCCUGGCCAUGUCCGGGUCGGGGCAGGGCAGGGCGGAGAGGACGGAGGACAGGCAGGAGUACGUCUCCAGUCGCGGUGUCGCGGCCAACAAUAGCGCGGCCAAAUCCCAGGUCAAAAAGAAGGAGGGCGCCCUGAACUCCCACCCGCCGGGCCUCAACCAUCCAGGGAACCAGCAGCCAAAGCCCGCGGCCAAGGAGCAGUCGUCGGCCAAGCGGCAGAGGAUGUCCUCCCCCGACCCGCUGACCCGGGUGGCUCCGCACCUGCCAGGACGACAACUGUGGAAAUGGUCGGGUAACCCCACGCAGAGGAGGGGUCUGAAGGGCAAAGCCAGGAAGCUCUUCUACAAGGCCAUCGUGCGGGGCAAGGAGACGGUCCGCGUGGGGGACUGCGCCGUGUUCCUCUCCCCGGGCCGGCCCCAGCUGCCCUACGUGGGCCGGGUGGAGAGCCUGUGGGAGUCCUGGAGCUCCAGCAUGGUGGUCCGAGUCAAGUGGUUCUACCACCCAGAGGAGACCCGCCUGGGCAAGAGGCACCGCGACGGCAAGAAUGCUUUGUACCAGUCUAGCCACGAGGACGAGAACGACGUGCAAACCAUUUCCCACCGCUGCCAGGUGGUCGGCAGAGACGAAUACGAGCACCUGAUUCGCCGACGCAAGCCCGGGGGCAUGACCAACGACCUGUUCUACCAGGCGGGAACCUACGAGCCAACCACAGGCCAGCUGGUCAGCGCGGAGGGGGUGGCUAUUGUAUCCUAGCAACCCACCUGCUUGGGGAGAAGGAUCAGGGCGGUGAUGUCCGUCCCCGGCGUGGCGCGCGCUCCGUCGAGUGCAGUCUGUAGAGGACGCUCUUCCUGAUGGACAGGGGGAGGGCGGGACUAACAGACAGCGGAGAUGUCCUCUACCCAAAACACCAAUCGGAGAUGGAGCUGCACCCCCCCUGUAGGAUGACGCCCACAAGCGCUGCUGAUGGCAGGGGGAAGAUCAGCAAGAUAAUGAGGGAGAAACCUGCAUUGCAAGCAGGGAUCUUUUGUAUAGCUCUUAUCAGAAGUGGGCCUCGGUGCGGGGAACCUCAACCAAACCGGUUUGGGAGGUAAAAAACGAAAAACAAUAAUCUGUGUGCCGUUGGAAGCACGGAUCUAAGCGGGAUCUAAAACACAAGAGCACUUGGGGUGCUGAACGAGGUGGUCGCCACCUCCACAAGCACUGGAAUGUCUACGAUGAAACACUGCAGAGCCUUUUUACAAACACGACCGAUUCAAACCAAUACUCUCCUCAGACAAACAGAGGAGUGUGUCAUGAAUGUGCAGAGAGAGAGAGAGAGAGAGAGAGAGAGAGGGGGGGGGGGGAAUGGAAAGAGAGGAGAGAGGGGGGCUAAAAGACUGUAUUGAAUGAAGAGGCUUUCCGUAAACCACACUGGGUUGCAUGGCCUUUGCGGCCUCUCGCCGGUCGCUGUAGUGUGACAAACGGCAUCAAAACUGAGAGAUCCCAUAACAGGACCUUAAACACUGUAGUUUAGUGUGUGUGCCUGCGCGUGUGUGUGUAUGUACACACGUUUUUCUGUAUGUGUGUGUGUGUGUGUGUGUGUGUGUGUGUGUAUGUGUUUGUUUGCAGAGCGGCUGCAAUGGCCUUGAUGGCUAUUUGACAAGCUCAGAGUAAAUAUCGGUUGAGGAUGUGUGUGAUGUGUGUGUGUUUGUGAGCGUGUGCGCAUGUGUGUGUUUCCACGUGCGCUUGUGCCUGUUAUGAUUGUGUGUGGGCUCACUGGUCAAGGGCCUGGACUCCAUCACAGCCUUCAUAGUCUUUUUAAACUCUAAGAGUAAACCCCAUGAAUAUACAUCUGUCCAGCGCGAACUGGGUGUUGGACAGCCAUAAGAGUCAAGCCAUACAAGUCAAUACCUCUCUCGUAUCCUCCUUUUCAAGCGUCUAGGUAGAUGCACAGUCGCUUGGUCGAUUGGCUGGGCAGUAUGUGUGUAUGUGUGUGUUUGUGUGUGUGUGUGUGUGUGUGUGUGUGUGUGUGUGUGUGUGUGUGUGUGUGUGUGUGUGUGUGUGUGUGUGUGUGUGUGUGUGUGUGUGUGUGUGUGUGUGUGUGUGUAUGUCGGCGUGCUUGCUGGACUGUGUGUGCGUGAUUUUCGUGGCCACCACGGUCAGGCAAGAGCCUUACCUGUACAGCAACGUGUAAAAUACAUCUUCGACUGUAAAUAGUAUACAUAUAAUAUUUGUUGUCUUUUAAAUAGAUGAAUAUGGAGGACCUUUCCUCGGUUGGGUUUUGGUUUCUUACUCGGACUUGGAGGCGGGCGGCGGGUCGCUCUGGCGGGGUGGACGGCGGCGACAGCACCCCCUUCCUUCCCUCUUUGUGCACUGAAUAGUAUCAGAUCUGAGAAUGUGUGUUGAUUCAGGGUCAAAACUGUACAAAGAGUGUAAAAAAUAUCAGGCUUUUGAGGCCCUGCUCUAGGCAAGAGAUUACCAUUGAGUGGCGUUGGCGAGAUUUUUGUAAAAAAAAAAAAAGAAAAUGAAAAGAAAAAAGGAGGCGUUUUUGUAAGGCUCUUUUUUUUAUGUGCAUCCAAACAUUAUUCUGCGUCUUUGUUCGGUUGGGGUUAUUAUUCACUAUGUCCUGUAAGGGGUUCAAAUGUCCUUUUUUUAUUUUCAUUCUUUUUUUAUAAAUACUGGAAAAGAAACUGAGUUUCUGAUUGUGUCUGAUCCUUAAAGAAUCUAGUCUGUGUAAAUCUAUAUUAGCCUAUAUACCUUAAUAAUCCUUUAUAAUAAUGUAGAUAUUUAUCAGGCCCAAAAAAAUAGAAAAGAAAAAGCGAAACAUACCAAAGCGCAUCAGAGUUUACACUUGGCAGCAUUUGGAAGAAUGCAAUAUUAUGAGACAAAAGAUUUUUCAAUCAAUCCAACUCUGGGACCCCUGCAGUCACCGAGGUAUUUGAAGAAGACUUCUACUCACGGACGGCUUGUGUUCGUUCCGCCGUUGCCAUGACAGCCACGGAGAAGAAGAAAAAAAUAAACGAACACGAAAGAAACGAAACGCUGUAGCAACAUUGUCUGCGCGUCGCCCGGCGCGGAUAUGCACUUGAGGGGGUUCCAUGACAACCAGAGUGGCGUCACAUGACUGUGAAGGACAAUCAGAGCCAAUCAGAAGGGGUGGUGUAUUUAAGAGACGGAACACAAACAAAAACGGACAGAAAGGAUCAGUCGGCGGUGCGCUUCUCCUGUCACUUUUUCUUCUGCUUUGCCAAAAAAACGAGUCUGUUCGUCUUGUUCUUUUUUUUGUUUGCUUGUUUUCUUGAUUUUUCCAUUGUCUGACUGUUAUUCAAGCCUGGUUCCACGUGUCUGUAGUGGAUGUACAGAAUGUACAGUGGGGGCACAACAGGAACGCAGAUGAUUUUACUUUUGUUUUCGUUUUUUUACAACAAAUGUUGCUGUUACACUGCGAAGCAAAAGCUUUAAGAGGAAUCUAAUGUGAAGAUAUUACUUUGUAAUGGGUCUUUAAUCAAUAUUUGAGAUGAAAAAAAAAACGGUAUUUUCUUUAAGAAACACUGGAUUCCGUUCUUACCAUCACCUUAUUUUUACUUUUAUUUUUUAUUUUAUUUUAUUUUUGUGACAUCAUCACACAACAAAUGUUUUUUUGUGUUUAGACCCACUGGAACACGGCUGAAAAAGCCUCAACUAAAAUAUAAAAAAAAUGUAUUUCACUUUAUUUCUCUUGAAAUACGCCUAAAUAUUUCCUUAUGUAAAAAGAAAAAGAAAACAACAAACAAUUUAUUUAUCUUAAUUUUAUUGCCUAUUUGUGUUUCAUUAAAAAAAAAAGUCAAAGAAAAAAAUACCUAUA